AUGACACUUCUAAAGCUAUCCACGCUCUUGGCCUCCGCCUCUCUUGUUGCAGGCCAUGCCUACGUCUCCAGCAUCGUAGCGGAUGGGAAAAACUAUACUGGCUACAUUGUUGACAAAUACGCCUACAUGGAAGACCCUCCCGCCAGUGUCGGCUGGGCAACAACAGCAACCGACCUCGGGUUUGAAGACGGCACCGAAUACCAAGACCCGAACAUAAUCUGCCAUCGAGACGGAGUCAACGCAGCUUUGAGUGCCACUGUCACUGCUGGCUCCAGCAUUGACAUCCAGUGGACGCCCUGGCCAGACUCGCACCACGGCCCGUUGAUCACAUACCUCGCCUCGUGCAACGGUGACUGCAGCACAGUCGACAAGGCCACCCUGGAAUUCUUCAAGAUUGAACAAGAGGGUCUCAUCGAUGGCACAAAUCCUCCUGGCACAUGGGCUAGCGAUGAUCUGAUUGCUGCUGGAAACAGGUGGACUGUGAGAAUCCCUACUACUAUUGCUGCCGGCAACUACGUCAUGCGCCAUGAGAUUAUCGCUCUGCACUCUGCUGGACAGGAGAAUGGCGCUCAGAACUACCCCCAGUGUUUCAAUUUGGAGGUCACUGGUGGUGGAAGUGAUGUGCCUGAUGGCACGCUUGGUGUGGAGUUGUAUACCAGCACUGAUCCCGGAAUCUUGUUCGAUAUUUAUUCUACGUUGACUGAUUAUCCUAUCCCGGGACCGGCUUUGUAUGCUUGA